AUGGCUUAUUCGACUAGCAACGCGUUCAAUCCAAAAGAAGCCAUACGGCUUGUCAAAAUCUGUCCGGGCGAUCCUGACGAAGAAAUAUGCUGCACACGCCGUUCGGUCCCGUUUACAGGAAAAGAUGGACCACCCAAGUACAACGCGCUUUCAUACGUAUGGGGCGAUGAUAAGGACACCUCAGGGAUCACCCUCGACAACGAUCCCUUCGACGUCACCCGAAAUCUCUACGCUGCGCUCCGGCAUCUUCGUGAUACAGGGCAAACUCGGAAUUUUUGGAUUGAUGCAAUAUGUAUAGACCAGACGAACAAAGAGGAGCAGUCUGAGCAGGUUAAGAUUAUGAAGCAAAUAUAUGAGAGGGCCGAGGUGGUGGUGGUUUGGCUUACUGGACAUGGGGGCACAAAAAGGGGGUCAGCAGAGAUAACAAAAGCACUGGAUAUCUUAGUAAAGGAGGCAGAAGAUAUGGGAGACUUUGGGAACUUAGAAGCAGAGCCCAGUCGUGCCUGCAAGAUACGCGCGAGAGUUUUGGAUAAAUUUCGACAACUUGUAGCGGCAGAUGAUACCUUACUACCAUGGCUGGAAUGUGCGUUCAACAAUAUAUACUGGAACCGUGUUUGGACCCUCCAGGAGUUCGUAUCUGCGAGGCAACUCUUAAUCCAGUGUGGCGAUUCUACAGUGGACUAUCAGGUCUGGCGGAGAAUAGUCGAGCUGAUUGGCCAAAUUAUGAACGAUGUAGUAUCUCCACAGAGGAAUUUGAUCAUUCGUCGUACAGGUCAAGAAGCCAUGGAAUCAUUGCCAUAUAUUAUGGGAGGCACUUCAAUCCCUGCAGGAAAAAUCCCAGCAUUAGUCAAGCUUUGCGGUCUUCAAAACAAGAGCCUAGGUUUCCGCGUACAGUUAAGGCAGCAUCCGGAGAAUACCAUCAGGCUUUAUGAUUUGUUGGUUGAGAGCUCUGAGGCUGAUGCUACCAAUAAGAAGGAUAAGAUAUAUUCUCUUGUAGGCCUUGCGACAGCUUGCAAAGUGGAAGUGGACUAUACGGAGCCUCUAGCAGAGAUAUGCAAGAGAGUCACUAAAUGCCUUAUUAACGAGGUCGAUUCGUUGGAGCCACUGCGUCUUGGAAAGGCAGAGAGCCCAAAAGAGGAAGGCUUUCCGACCUGGUGUCCUGACUGGACAUUGACCCAUAUCAAUUGGGAGAGACACCACUUCCUCCCGCGAACCUAUCAUGAGCGGCGCGUCCAACAUUCCGAAUACUUUUGCUCUUCUGACUCGAACGUGUUAACAGCAUGUGGGACCUGCAUUGGCAUGAUAUACAAUCACGCAAAUGUAGAAGGAGGGGACAUACGAUCAGAAAAGUCCGACGAUGACGUUCUGAAAGAGUGCAUUCAGCAAAACUUGUGUCCACAUGAACCUGAGUAUGAAGAUUACGCCGACAAGAGGGGGGUUUCGUAUAAGGAUGCUUUAUUAGACGUUCUUUACCUUGGAAAAGAAGUCGAGGAAGUCCACGAGGGCAUCAUGACGUCUAAAUCGGUUUACGUAGCGAGGAAUGGUCUGAUAACUCUCUUCAAAACGAAUAAGGGCUACGUCGGCAGAGCCUUUGACGAAGUGAAGGAUGGCGAUCUAAUCUUUUGCCUUCGUGGAAGCAUAGCGCCAUGUAUUCUGCGACGUGGAAAAAACGGCUACACGUAUGUUUCUCAAGCUUACGUGCACGGAUUUAUGAAUGAAUGUGGUGCAACAGCAUGGCAAGACAGCGCGGCGAGCUUGGAAAUUUCCUAA